AUGCCACACUCCCACGGGGACAAGGGGACCCCCAAGGACAAGGAGCCCCCGCAGAAGGGGAAAGGGGGGCACGAGGAGGGGGAGAAACCCUCCAAAACCCCCGAGGACGCCGGUGCCCCGGUCCCCAAGAAUUCCGGCUCCGAAUCCCGGCACGGCAGCCACGGGCAGAAGAGUGGGAAGAAGGGUCCCGCGGACCCGCACGCUGCUGCCACCAAGACCUACUCACCCUUCCUCAACACGGUCUUUGGCAAGGAGCGGGAACUGUCACCGGAGGAGCUGGAUGAGCUGCUGGACGCCUUCAAGGAGUUUGACACGGACCAGGAUGGCUACAUCAGCUACAAGGACCUGGGCGAGUGCAUGCGCACGCUGGGCUACAUGCCCACCGAGAUGGAGCUCAUCGAGAUCUCCCAGCACAUCAAGAUGAGGAUGGGUGGCCGUGUGGACUUCGAGGACUUUGUGCAGAUGAUGGGCCCGAAGCUGCGGGAGGAGACGGCGCACAUGGUGGGCGUGAGGGAGCUCAAGAUCGCCUUCCGCGAGUUCGACAUGAACGGGGACGGGGAGAUCAGCACGGCCGAGAUGCGCGAGGCCAUCGCGGCGCUGCUGGGGGAGCAGCUGAAGGCGCAGGAGGUGGACGAGAUCCUGCAGGACGUGGAUCUCAAUGGGGACGGCCGCGUGGACUUUGACGAGUUCGUGAUGAUGCUGUCGUCCCGGUAACGGAGACACCGGGCAGGAGGGGACCCCCGGGUGACCCCCCCCAGCCCCUCCUCAGCCCCUCCCUGCCCGGCCAAGAGACCCGAGCGCUCUGCCAGCAUCAGGGUUCAGAGGGAACAGCUGGAGCGGAGCGCCUGGGAACGGGGCAGACGCCAGACCCGCGACCCCAAAAGCCACCGGCUGUGGAGGCAGAGCCAGCGGAGGCCGGGGCAC